GAUAAAACAUUUCAAUGCACAAUUUUUCCGAAAUUUCUCCAUUUUUACUCAAAAUUCGAUCAUGUGUUUUUUUACCUCAAUGUGGUGGACGUUAUUUCCCUCCAGGAACACUUUAUCGUCCACAUCAUGAACGUUUUGAUGAGAAUUGUGAACGUAAACCACUGCCUCAUCCGGAAACUCCAAGGUUUCAAGAAAUUCCUGUAACAGAUCCUAGAAGUAAGGCGAAAAUUGCCGGUAAAAGACCAAUUCAUGUAAUUUGUGAACCUAACCAAGUUUAUUGGUGGUGUUCUUGUGGUCAUAGUAAACGUCAACCAUUCUGUGAUGGACAUCAUAUUCGGAUUUUAGGCUCAAAUCCAACCUUUAAAAUCAAUAAGCGAGAAUUCAAACCCAUUCGUUUAGUUUAUGAACAACCAUCUGAAGUAUGGUUUUGUACAUGUAAACAGACAUCAGAACCACCCUAUUGUGAUGGAAGCCAUAAUUGUGAAGAAGUACAGUCUAAAACUAAACACUAAUUAUUAUACUUUUUUUCUAUAAAGUUAGCGAUUGUAUAAAAAAUCACUUGUAUACACCUUUGUGUAAUAUAAUCUUAUGAGUAUAAUAUAUAAAAUUUGGUAUAGUCGUAUUGACUA